AACUAGUAUAGUAAAAAAAACAAUAUUUUUUACACUAGGGACUAUAAGUGUCAUUUAGACAUUACAUUACAAUGUUUAAAGUGCACAAGCUGAGAUUGGCGGCGAGUUCUUUGAACGCGAACCUGUGACAACCGAAGUUCUAUUGUUUCAGCAGUUGCAGAAGAGAUGAAGAAAGGGAUUCACCCUCAGAUGCAAUGGAUCUCAUACGUGACCCAAAGUGGCCGAUUGAUACACGUUAUGAUGACCAAAAUUCACGAGACAGGCAAGGUUUAUCACUUUAAAGCAAGAAAACAGAUGGCUCAAAGUGUCGGUCAGGUUGCCAAGUUCAAACGUCGUUAUGGACAAGCGGAAGAAGAAGAGAAAGAUAACGAGGCUAAGUGAACCAGUAUGUCGCCUUUCAUUUUAAUCCAAAUUUGCACCAUAAACAUGAACCGCAUUGGGUUUGUUCCCACAUAUCUCUUCGGUUUACCUGCAUAAUCUGAUAUUUUGUCAACUUUGGUAGCAUCUUUGUUUCUCUGAAUCAAGAUUUCGUUUGCAAAUUUUCAUACGGACGUAGCAUUUAAUGAUAUUUUCGCCUAUUUUGGUUAAUAA